ACUACGCACUUCCGUGUUUACUACUUUGCGUAAUAGGCAACGGGCGUUGCUUGGAUUUCAGCUGAAAGAUAUCGCCUCUUAACCAUAUUUUGGAUAGUCUAACACCGCACAGUGAAGAUGAGCAAGUACCCUGCAGAGCCGCCACCUUCUUAUGACCAAGCCGAUGGCUACGGCUAUGACCAAAACCAACCUCCAAGUACAGGUAUUGGAUUUGCCCCAGUUGAGAUGGGCCAGGGCCAGUACAACACGGCCUACAGUGAAACGACACCUGCCCCUGCAUCGUACCGACCCCCACCCCAGCAAGCCUUAGGGACAUUUCCCCCACCUCGGGUGGAGCCUAAACCAGAAGAUAAUGACGCAUUCAAUGGAAUAGUCACGACAGGCUUCUCAGACAAAGCCAUCCGACGAUCUUUUAUCAGGAAGGUGUAUCUUAUCCUGAUGAGUCAGUUGCUGAUCACCGUCGGCUUCAUUUGUCUCUUUAUAUAUGUGAAUCCGAUCAGGAACUGGGUGCAGACUGAUGGCUUCUGGUUCUACUAUGUGUCCUAUGGCACAUUCCUGGUGACAUACUUUGUGCUGAUUUGCAUUCCGUCUGUUAGGCGACAAACUCCUGGAAAUUACAUCUGCCUCAUAGUAUUUACAUUGGCCUUCUCCUACAUGGUGGGGACUAUAUCAUGUUACUAUUCCACAAACAUUGUACUGAUCAUGAUGGGCAUCACGACCCUGGUCUGUCUGUCCAUCUCCCUGUUCGCCAUACAGACAAAGAUUGACUUCACCAUGUGCAGUGGCCUCCUGUUUGUUCUGGUGAUGGUGCUGUUUUUCUUCGGCUGGUCGUGUCUCUUCACCUUCUACGCCUACGGCUACAACAGGAUCUUGGACUGUGUCUAUGGAGGUCUCGCUGCCCUUGUCUUUGGUUUGUUCUUGAUCUACGACACUCAGAUGAUCGUUGGCGGCAGGAAGCACCAACUGUCCCCAGAGGAGUACAUCUUCGGUGCUCUGCAACUCUACAUUGACGUCGUCUACCUCUUCCUCAUCCUCCUCUCCCUUUUCGGCAAGAGCAACUAAAACAUCUGAAACUACAUCAGAAAGACGUGCACAUGACAUGACUCGCUGACAGAAAGAUACAAGUCAAUAUUUAGUGUCUGACACAACUGACACGAUUGUUUGAUUUUUUCUGACAUACAAUCAGAAUUUGAAGAUAAUCCAAUGUCCACAUUAUGACCAAAAUUAAUGAUUUGAGGUCAGUUUAAUUGUGAAAUUGACAUUUAUUUCCCUCCAGUUUUCAAGUCAAUGAUUGCCAUGAUUAUCAAUGAUAUCGCUCAAUGAUGGUGUUAUGAUUAUUGUUAUGUUAUGAUUACUGAUUUAUAUUGUUGGGAAUUCACUCUCUUGGUGUCCAUGGUAACACAGAUGAUUCGAACAAUUUGUACAUAACUCAUCCUUGCUGAAGGAUGCCAGCUCGGUACUGAUGUUAUGAGAUCUGUGUACGCAAUACCAUCACUGACAAUUUUUCCCCGGCAGCUACUUCAAUGAUGUACCACAAGGAGUGUUAUGGCUGAAUAGGCAACAGCAUUCAUUGGUCCGUGAUUGAAAGAAAAUACAUAGCAGACUAUGUGAUGUUUGUAAAGUAAUCACUCACUCUAAAAUUAACAUCAGGAGAUCACUUUGUUAUCAUUUUUAUUGCCCCAAUGAAACAGCACCUUCCUGAAUUAUAUUAAUCUUUGGCAAACAGGUGUUAAUUUCAAACAUUGCUUGUUUUGUGGGCAGUGUCAGUUUGAGGCUGCGGCAUGUUGUGUCCAGGCGUUAUUGAUAUUCCUUCUAUAACCAUGACAUGACCAAGGACAAGAUUGUAUCAUCAAGAUUCUGAGACUCUACGUAAUUUGUCAUGGAGUUGAAAUUA